AUGAAAGGCGGCUUUAUUCAUAAACUUCUCGUCGACAAGCCAUGGCUGGGUCUUGUCAUCCUCUUCUUCGCCAUGCCCAUUAUUGUUUUGGUAUUGCUGGGUGGAUCUCCAGUCCUCACUGACUUCAGCAUUACGCCGGAGCAACGGAAGGCUUUCUCCCAAGGCUUAGAGCAGCAGGGGCAGCACCAUUUUGGGAAUGAUGUAUCCGGAGGUCUAGUUGGAUCUCCAGGUCCAACUUAUAACGACAGUCGCAGUCAGAAAACAGCUACAAGGGAUGAUGGUAAAUAUGCUUGUGCCAUGUGCUGCUUACACUACACCAUAUGUAAUGUUAAUAUUGUUUACCUGGUAGAAUGUAACUAUGCAAAAGGUAAGUGGAUAGCAGAUGAGAAGCGGCCACUCUACUCUGGCUAUGAGUGCAAGCAAUGGCUACCAAAAAAAUACAAUUGUGGUGGGAUGGGGCGGACAGAUUUAUCGUUCGAGAGCUACAGGUGGCAGCCACAUGGUUGUGAGAUGCCUGAGGUUUCAGGGCCAAACUUUCUGAACAGGAUGAGGCACAAAACUCUAGCUUUUAUUGGAGAUUCACUUGGUAGACAACAGUUUAUGUCUAUGAUGUGCAUAGCUACUGGCGGUAAGCGUAGCCGUGAGGUUGAAGAUGUCGGGUGGAAAUAUGGCCUUGACAAAGCUCCACAUGCUCGAAGAACUGAGGGUUGGGCUUAUCGAUUUCCAGGCACUAACACCACAGUUCUUUUCUAUUGGUCUCCUAGUCUAUGUGAGCUGGAGCCAUUGACGAACACGACCAGGUCAGCGAAGAGCUACGCAUUGCAUCUCGAUCGGCCAGAAAGAUUCCUGAAGAAGUAUCUCCACUGUUUUGAUACCCUUGUUCUUAACACUGGCCAUCACUGGAACAAAGAGAGAUUCAGUAUAAAUCGCUGGAAGUUGUAUGCCGACGGCAAACCUCUAGGGAACGGUACGCUGCCGGAAGACCUCGGCCCAUUCAGGAACCUCAAGCUGCGCAACAUCGCAAGAUGGCUGGAUUCAGAACUCGUACAUCGUCCUCAUAUGAAAGUUUUUCUAAGGACAAAUUCGCCAAGGCAUUUCCUACAUGGCGACUGGAACACUGGAGGUAGCUGUAAUAGCACCACCCCGUUGUCGGGUGGAAGUGAGGUCUUGGAUGACCAUUCAAGUGACCUACCUGCAGAGCAUGCAGUAAUUGGAACUCGGGUAAAGCUUUUGGAUAUUACUUCUAUCUCACAACUACGAAGCGAAGGUCAUAUCGCACAUCAUACUUUCAAGUCACUUAGUGCCAAAUACGAUUGCUCGCACUGGUGCCUUCCUGGUAUCCCAGACAUGUGGAAUGAAAUCCUCUUUGCACAAAUUUAG